CUUAUUAGCAGUACAACUGACACGAGUUUUAUAUCUGCUAUAGCCCCGAAACAUGGAAUUAUAACAACCAACAAUGGGUCCCCAGUCUGCUUCAACCCAGUAUCGGAAAGGUACUAACAGACACUAGUAAGGAUGCAGUCGCUUCACAUGUCUGUCGUGCUGUACACACUCAACACACUUCUCUGCGCCGUGCACGGGCACGGCUACCUUAAGGAUCCCCCUAGCAGAAGCAGCAUGUGGAGAUUUGGGUUCAAUACACCAAAGAACUUCAACGACAAUGAACUAUUUUGCGGUGGAUUUUCGCACCAGCAAAAUCUCGGUGGAAAGUGCGGUUUAUGUGGUGAUGCGCAUGACCAGACAGCGCCAAGGGAUAACGAGGCUGGAGGAAAAUACGCUACGGGGAUCAUCUCGAAAAACUAUACUCCUGGUUCAACUGUGGACAUCACCGUCCGAGUAACUGCUAACCACCUCGGCUUCUUCGAAUUCCGUCUCUGCGAAAAUAACAACGUCUCCAAAACGAUUACAAAGGAAUGUCUGAAGCACCUACUUGCAAACGAGACUGGGGAGACGAAACACUAUUUUGGAAAGCUGAAGGGCGACAUUGUCACCAGAGUUAAACUCCCAGAGAAUGUCACCUGUUCACAAUGCGUGUUACAGUGGAGAUACCAUACAGGAAAUAAUUGGGGAACAGACGGCCAAGGAUCCUGUAUCGGAUGUGGGCCACAGGAGGAAUUCUACGGUUGUUCAGAUAUCGCUAUCUCAAGUUCAGGGGUAACUAAUACAGUAUCGACUCCUGAGACAUCUACUUUGCUGGCCAUUUUAAAAACAUCAACACCAGCAGCAGCAACAACAACAACAGCGACAACAUCAACAUCAUCAGCAACAACAGCAGCUGAAACGACUUCAUCAACAACCAAGACCACAGUUAAAAAACAAACAACAACCUUACCAAUCACAACGACAGCAUCUUCUACAGAAUCUACAGUUAAAACAACAACCGUCCCAACAGCACCAACUACAGAUACCGCUAAAACAACAACCGUACCAGCAGCACCAACUGCAGAUACUACAAGAACAAUGACCUCGCCCUCCACCAACAAGCUUUCCUGUGUAUCUGUCGCUGCUCCUGUGGAUGACACCUGGUGCAAUAAUAACUGUAACCAUUUCCCCUCUUAUUGCCCUUCUCAAUACUGUGACUGUACUUGACUUGAUUUAUGGCUAUUGUCGGACGUUUUAUCGGAUUAUUAUUGUCUGGUAUGCUUCUGCAAUAGGUGGACAAAUAUCGGCCGUUUAUGCGGGUGAAACAAACUCUUGGUCCCAAAGGGGCAUACUGUGCCAAACUUUGAUUAUAAACGUGUUUUAUUAAUCAGAUUAUUAUGCAUGUAUAUCUGUGGCGUAUAACACGAUCUGUUGUGAUAAGAUGACAAUAAAGUAUAUUUUAUUGAA